UUAUUACAAUAAGGUCGUGACCAAAGCCACGCCCCUAUGUGGGUUGCUUUUUCUAAGCGGUCACGUUGCGUUGCGGCAUUGAAACUGGAGGCUGUCGACAUCAGGGCAUCUUUUGAAUCACUCUCCUUAGCAGGUCACUUUGAGCCACAGACAUCAUGACGCACCAGUACCCCGCACUCACUACUGAGCAGAAGAAGGAGCUUCAGGACAUCGCACAGCGUAUCGUAGCUCCUGGGAAGGGCAUCCUCGCUGCAGAUGAGUCCACAGGUAGUAUGGCAAAGCGUCUGAACCCAAUCGGCGUGGAGAACACAGAGGAGAACCGUCGUCUUUAUCGCCAGCUCCUUUUCUCUGCUGACGAGCGCAUUGACAACUGCAUUGGUGGUGUUAUCUUCUUCCACGAGACCCUCUAUCAGAACGCUGAUGAUGGCACAUGCUUUGCCAAAUUGAUCAAGGACAGGGGCAUGGUUGUGGGAAUCAAGGUUGACAAAGGUGUCGUCCCUCUGGCAGGAACAAACGGAGAGACCACAACACAGGGGCUCGAUGGCCUGUCAGAACGCUGUGCUCAGUAUAAGAAAGACGGUGCAGACUUUGCCAAGUGGCGCAGUGUGCUGAAGAUCAGUGAGACCACACCCUCAGAGUUAGCCAUCAUGGAGAACGCUAACGUCCUGGCUCGCUACGCCAGCAUCUGCCAGCAGAAUGGCAUUGUGCCCAUUGUGGAGCCAGAGAUUUUACCUGAUGGUGACCAUGACUUGAAGCGUUGCCAGUAUAUUACAGAGAAGGUCCUUGCUGCCUGCUACAAGGCCCUGUCUGACCAUCAUGUCUAUCUGGAGGGAACUCUUCUGAAACCCAACAUGGUGACAGCUGGUCACUCCUGCCCCACCAAAUACAGCAACCAGGAGAUUGCCAUGGCAACAGUGACAGCCUUGCGCCGCACCGUUCCCCCCGCAGUAACAGGUGUGACCUUCCUCUCUGGAGGUCAGAGUGAGGAGGAGGCGUCCAUCAACCUGAACGCCAUCAACACCUGCCCUCUGAAAAAACCCUGGGCCCUCACCUUCUCUUAUGGACGUGCCCUGCAGGCCUCUGCCCUGAACGCCUGGCGCGGGUCCAAGGACAACGAGAAGGCCGCCACAGAGGAGUUCAUCAAGCGUGCUGAGGCUAAUGGAUUGGCUGCUCAGGGCAAGUACGUCUCCAGUGUAACCAGUGGAGCAGCGGGACAGUCCCUUUACGUGGCCAAUCAUUCCUACUGAACAUCCUGCAUCCCAACAUUCCAGUUUCCGCCAGCCAAUAGUAUAAUGCACAGCUGCUACCCUUCCUGUCACCAACCAAUCACAGGCCUGCGCUGUCUUCUGUACUUUAGGGUUGUCAUUGCAAUGUCUUAUAUAUCUAUUUAAAAUGUAUUACACCUUUGAAACAGAAAUGGGAAAAAUAAAGGUACAAAGAUUA